AUGGCGCCCGGAAUCCUCGUCGACGAGCUCCAAUACCGCCCAACAGAUGCAGGCCGCACAUCACAGCCAAAGGAGGACACAGCCCCACGAGACAUCUUCCCCGACGGCAUCCGCACCUCGGGCCAGCACCCCCCUCUCUACGACGUGCUCCGGCCGUACUCGGACUUCCCCAAGGAGAUCACGGGCCCGACGGUGUGGAAGCGCGAUGACUACGUCAACAACCCCGAGCGCUGGGUGCACCCCUUCACCGACGACGAGGCGCAGGAGCUCAGCGACACGGCCGACGCCUUCAUCGCCAGUGGCACGCCCCUCACCGGCAUCUCGCAGGCCAACUUCCCGCUGCCCCGGCUGGGCAAGGUGCUGACGGUGCUGCGCCAAGACCUGCUCAACGGCAAGGGCUUCAUCCUCUUCAAGCGCUUCCCCGCCGACGUCUGGGGCCCCAAGAAGAACGCGGUGGCCUACAUGGGCCUCGGCACCUACCUGGGCUACUUUGUGUCGCAGAACGGCCGCGGCCACGUGCUGGGCCACGUCAAGGACGUCGGCGACGACCCCACCCAGAUUCACAAGGUGCGCAUCUACCGCACCACGGCCCGCCAGUUCUUCCACGCCGACGACGGCGACAUAGUCGGCCUGCUGUGUGUCCACCGCGCCGCCGAGGGCGGCGAGAGCGACAUUGUCAGCGUUCACAACGUCUGGAACACGCUGCAGCGCGAGCACCCCGACGUGGCCGAGUUGCUGACCCAGCCCGUCUGGUACUUUGAUCGCAAGGGCGAGGUCUCGGAGGGCCAGGAGCAGUGGAUCCGCCAGCCCGUCAUCUACCUCGAGAACGGCGGCAAGGGCCGCCUCUACUGCAAGUGGGACCCCUACUACGUCCGCUCCCUGACCCGCUUCUCCGACGCGGGCCUGGUCCCGCCCCUUAGCGACGCCCAGAAGCACGCCAUGGCCGUGCUGGAGGAGACGUGCAACCGCCUCGCCCUGCACAUGGUCCUCGAGGUCGGCGACAUGCAGUUCGUCAGCAACGCGCACCUCCUGCACGCCCGGACGGAAUACAAGGACUUCCCUGCGCCCGCGCCGAGGCGGCAUCUCCUGCGCCUGUGGCUAGCCACGCCCGAGGGCGAGGGCGGCUGGGCACUGCCCAUGCCCGACAGCCACGAGAAGAAGCGCGGCGGCGUCCAGGUCAACAACACGGCGCCGAGGGCGCCAUUGGAUGCCGAGUGA